AUGGCCAGAGCAGGACUCGGGCCGGGCGCCGGGGCAGGAGCCAGUGAAGUGAUCGGGCCGCUUUUUGGGGUGGUCGGGACAGAUGGUAACGUGGUCCGUGACGUCACGACAGGCGCCGGCCCGGGGGGGGAUGUUUUACGCGGCUGGAUGCCCCCCGGGCCGAGCAGAGACGACGUGGCAGUUGGGGCUAACGAUGGCGCUGGCAGCGGUGCGAGUUUCGCCACUGGGGCGGUCAGAGCCGAAAGGGGCGACUAUAUCAGUCUGCGGGAGGCGCCGGUGGUCGCCGCGAUUCGGAGGGCGCAGGCGCAUAAGAGGUGCAGGGCGAGAGCGAGGCGCGGCAGAAAGAUGGACAAGAUCGAUCUGACGGCGCUCAGACGAACCCCGGUAGAUCUGGCCGACACGUUUCAGCUCCUCGGAAAAGAAGCGGAGGAAUCCAUCAGCUUGAGCCUUUCGCAUAAAGUGCUGAGGAGAUUCAUGCGGAAGCACGUGACUCGGCCGGCAUUAAACAAUCAAGACGCCCCCGGAUUACUCUCACCCAAGUCGAAUCCUGCUCCUUUUCUAUUGUUCUCAACAGAAAUGACGAGUCGAUGGGCAAUUUGA